UGUUGAUCGGUGUUUCGAUUCUCGAUUUAUCGGCCCUGUCCAGGCCAUCCGGCAUCGCGCAGUGUAUCACCAACAAAUCAUUCCGGCUACAGUCAUCAAGUUGCUCUCAGCUGCCUUUUGAGGAACCGCGAGUCUGUUUGGAGUUAUCACGAUACGUUCAACUGGAUCACGGCGUGUUUUUUUUGUUUCUGUUUUGUUAAAGCACAUUUAAACCCCGGAGCCCGGAACAACUUUUGUUUGUGUUUUUCAAGAUGGCGGCAGGAAUGUAUCUGGAGCACUAUCUGGACAGUAUAGAGAACCUUCCCUUUGAGCUUCAGAGGAAUUUCCAGCUGAUGCGAGACCUGGACCAGCGGACUGAGGAGUUGAAGGGACAGAUCGAUUCCCUAGCUCGCGACUACACCGCAAACGCCCGGACACUGUCCUCAGAGCAGAAACUGUCUCUCCUGAGGCAGAUCCAGCAGUCCUAUGGAAAGUGCAAAGAGUUUGGCGAUGACAAGGUCCAGCUGGCCAUGCAGACGUAUGAGAUGGUGGAUAAACACAUCCGGAGACUGGACACGGAUUUGGCCCGCUUUGAGGCCGACCUGAAAGAAAAGCAGAUCGAAAGCACAGACUACGAUUCUACCUCCAGUGACCUCCGGGGGCCUAAGGAGAAAAAGGUGUCUCGCACCAGGUCAAAGGUCAAGAACUCAGAUGAUGACUGCAGUCCUAAGAGUAGCCAGAAGAAGGUCAAGCUAACGCAAACAACUGAGUUCUCCGCUCCAGCUGUGAAUUUUGGCAACGUUCACCCCUCAGAUGUGCUGGACAUGCCCGUGGACCCGAAUGAGCCGACGUACUGCCUGUGCCACCAAGUCUCUUACGGGGAAAUGAUUGGCUGUGACAAUACCGAUUGCUCUAUCGAGUGGUUCCACUUUGCUUGUGUGGGCCUGACCACUAAGCCCAGGGGAAAAUGGUACUGCCCAAGAUGUUCACAGGAGCGUAAGAAAAAGUGAACGUUCUCAGACGAAAUAAUAACACGCAGUACGCAUUUGAGAAUGCGCUAGAAAACAAAGGAAUCGAGGUGCAACCCACCUCCUCCUACAACAAACCCCCAACCUCUAAUCCCAAACCCCAAACUCUCUAUAGACACUAAUAUAAAUUCAUGCUCCGCUUAAAUCUGGUGCUUGUCCUCCUCUCUUCUAUCCUCACUUUCUUCUCUCUGUAUGACCGAAAGCAGGGAGGACGGAUGGAUGAAGGUGCUGUACUUAUAACUGUAGCUUAAUUUAUGGUUCCAGUAACGAGUUACUUGUGUUUUUUUUUUUGUUACUUUUGCUUUUUUAUAUACAUGUUUACUUUGAAUGGUUGUUGCAUUGUUUGGUUGCUUUUAUAUACAUUUAAUUUCUUUUUAUGGUUCUACACACAUAGCAGUAGAUAAAUCAGGGAGCAUGACACUCAGUCCUUAAGUAUGGUAUGUACUAGGCGUCCUUACUUGCUGUUCUUUAGGGGUUUUCGAGUCAAACACUGGCACAAGCUACAACUAAUACACACAUGGUUCUUUUUUAGAGACUGUAUUUGAACAAAACUCUUUGAUAUUCUCAUUCCUUCGCGAUAAUUUCCCCCCCCCUCGUUAUUGGAAAAGUGUGCCCCACCCCCAUUCAUGGGAACCGUAUUUAGGGGGAACGUGCUGGGCGUCACAAUGAAUUUAAUACCUGCACAACCCAAUGCACAUGAAACCGGUGACUUUUCCCACUUUGGUCCACAUUUCAGGUUUAUUAGCUGCUGUGAAGGAAAUUUCCUCUGGUGCUCAUAAUCGUUCUUCAAUGAACUUUUUUUUUUUUUUUUUUUUUUUUUUUGAAAAUCGAACUGAUUGCAUUAAAUACCACACAUACACGCACACACGUAGACACACGGGGGGAAGAACAAGUGAUGAGUGUUGUGUUUUUGUUUUUUUGUUUUUUGAAAAUGUUGUGACUUUCAUGCAUUCAUGUAACAAUGCUGAUCAGUUCCUUCGCGUAUUAAUCCCGCUGUAUUACUACAACACAAGCUGCGAGCAAACAAGGUCGUAUUUGCAACUAAUUUCGACUUUAACACUCUGUUUGACUGGAUUCUGGUGCUCCUGCCAAUAUUACAAUAGCAGGCUGAAAGGGCGUGAAAGUAACCGUUACACUCAUGUUAAUCUCUUCAUCACAUGGCUGGUGCCGGAGGUUAAGGUGCUCCUGUUUGUUCAACCUUGACUUCAAUAUUUAAUACGUAAUUUGCUAACGUUAUUUGAAGGGUAACUACAUCAUACAUCCAUAAGCUACGCAUCCAUACAUUAUAUUUUAGAAAUCAAUGCUGGAUGGAGAGCUUAUUCAAGGUUUAAGUCAAAACUCGUGAGGUUUUUUUUUUUGUCACUUUGUUUUUACAUAGAAGAGAGAAAAGACCGACCUUCAUUGUUUUAAUUGUACGGUUGUUUUAUUUAUUUAAUUUUUAUUCUUGCGCUGCAGAUUUUUUAUUUGGUUUGACUAAUAGAACAAAAGGUUCAGAGAUUCUACAGAGCAGACAAUAUGGACAAAAGUUUCUGGACACCAGACCAUUAUAUUUCUAUUUGCUUUUCUAUUUUUUUCCUUUUUUUUUUUUUUUUCUCUCUCAACCCAUUCUGCAUUUAGUCCCCAUUUCCUGUUAUAAUAACCUUCCUCUUCUGGGAAGGUGUUCCACUAGAUGUUGCGUUGUGUUUUUCAUUGUAGUUUUUAAUUCAACUUAAACCACGAAUCGAACCCAUGAUAGAUCUACUGGCUCUAUAAAGGGAAAGAUGAAAGGUGGACACUAAGAUAUACUUUUAUAUUUCGGAGGCCUCUUUUCUCUUUGAUGUAAAAACAAGACACAUUUCAUGAAAAUCUUUCCAACUUGCAGGUUUUGACCUAAAUGUAAAAAAAAAAAGUUACCCAUAGGUUCUAGUAUAUCUUUAAUUAAGUGUGCUUAUUUAGGCUGAAUAGCUAUUACAGAGUGUGUGUGUGUGUGUGUGUGUGUGUGUGUGUGUGUGUGUGUGUGUGUGUGUGUGUGUGUGUGUGUGUGUGUGUGUGUGUGUGAGAGAGAGAGAGAGUGAUUAGAAUAUAUCAGCCUUAAGGUGAAAUUUGCAUGAAGUGUUAGUGAAGGUACUUUGAUUGUGAUUUGAUUGUUACAGAAGUUUAUACUAAUGUCAGAUCCUCUGUUUAGUGUCUUCCAUGUUGACUGAACAACGCCUGAUGUCUGGAACAGA